GAUUGGACAGAGCGCUAAUCCCGCGGGGCCUCGCGCUCUUACUAACGCUCUUGUAGGACGGAGCGCGCGCCACACUGUGCCCAGGGCGAGGGCAGAACGCAGCGCGCGCAGCAGCAACGACACGCGCAGAAGUUCGCGCGAGGUGUCCAAAGCACGCGUGGCGAUAACGGUGUGCGUUUUAGCUCGUCACGCGCGUUCGGGUGUAUCAGAUCAGGCGCGCGAGUGAAGACACGAGUUGAAGCUAGGGUCGACUCCGACUCCCAACUUUCACAUUUUCUGAGGACUUUCUGGGAAGACAGCGCGAGAAAGCGCAGAGAAAACCGACAAGGAACGCAGCGGGAUAAGGUUUUACUUCUUGAUUUGUUCAGUUUGUUUUUUUAUUUUUAUUUAUUCUUUUCUUUUUUUCAAAAAUGAACGCUCGAGAGGAGAAUCUGCUCAAAUCGAUUAGCAGCGACACGCUUCUGGAUCUGACGCAGCGUUAUGGGCAAGCGGCUCUGGGCUUCGGUCCGCCUCACGGCGCUUCGAGUCCUGCGCGUUUCCCGCUCGCCUCCUCCGCCGCUGCGGACUUCCUCACGGCGCAGACGGCCAAAUCUGGCGAGAGCGGGGGUGAGCACACGAGCGACGACGACGAUGGCUUCGAAGUAGACUCACGGAAGCAGAGCUCGGCCUUUGGAGAGGAUCCCAAGCACCCGGCCGCCAAGAAGCCCAAGGAGCAGCGCUCUCUGCGCCUGAGCAUCAACGCGCGUGAGCGCCGGCGCAUGCACGACCUGAACGAUGCGCUCGACGGCCUGCGCGCCGUCAUCCCGUAUGCGCACAGCCCGUCCGUGCGCAAACUGUCCAAAAUCGCCACGCUACUCUUAGCCAAGAACUACAUCCUCAUGCAGGGGCAGGCUCUGGAGGAGAUGCGCCGACUCGUGGCGUACCUUAACCAGGGCCAGACGAUUACGUCGGCUGUACCGAGCGCACUUGCCCCGUUCGGACAGACCGCCGCCGCCGCCGCCGCCGUGUACCCGUUCUCAGGCACGGCGCUCGCCGCUUGCGUGGAGAAGUGCUCAUACUCAGCGGCGCCUUCGAGUCUCUUCAAGCACUGCAGCGAUAAGCCUUGAUUUACACGCGCACACACACACACACACACACACACACACACACACACACGCACUCAUACACACGCGCGCUUACUUGAACUUUACCUGCAGCUGGUUCAAUAUACACAACUGAAAUGUUUGUUGUUGGGAAGAGAAGUUUAGUCUAAUCCAUAGUUUUGCGACAUGUUUAAAUAACUACUCUAAGAUUUCAUCCAGGUCAUGUAAAAUAUGUGUGUACGAAGGCUGACGGUAUGUACUUUGGAACAAGCUUUUAAAAUUGCAGCUUUUCUCCUCUGUCCUCUUAAUUAAAGCGAAAACAUUUGAACAAUAUGUCAUGUAAUGCAUUGCAAUGGAGUGCAUGUUAGUGGUCCUCAGUAAGGUGAUUAUUGCCAUUACAAACCUUAAAAGUUUCCCCUGGUCAUUGAGUUUAUUAUUAUAAACUAUGCAACGUGCCACAACGAGAAAAAAGAUCCCGACAUCUGAUGUAUAUUUAGUUAAACACUCAUACAUCAGUAUGGGCAUGAAUCCUCUCCUCCCUCUUCUGUCAGUGCUUAGUGGAGAAAACGCCAUGUAACGCAUUUUGAAUCUAUCUGUUGGCCUGUGAGGGUCAUUCCGGGUAUGUUCCUGAACAUAAUCCCCGAUUGUAUUGUACGACUGUGAAGAUCUUCUCGAUGCCCGAACUGGCGAAAGCGUCUGGUCUUGUUGCAACAUGAGUUUCAUAUAUUGUUUAUACGUCUUUAUAAUUAAAAACAUCUAUGAGCAGUGA